CCCUCCGAAGUGUAAAAUGAAAGCAAAAUCCAAGAGCUGCAACGGUGAUUAAUUCAGCUGAGUUGAGAGCCUGGGCCAGUUUAGUUCUGGACAGCACUCACCCUUCCCUUCUCCGCUCUCCCAGGAGUUGCUGGGAGGGACAAGGUGAGAAGUAGCACCAGCCACCGCAGCUACUGACCGGAACACCCAGGUGUCACGAUGCCAAGCCCGAAGGCAUUCACAAAGGUGUGUGUGCAGGUCCCGCAGUGGGGGUCCUUGACCUUCAUGGCCAAGCCGGAGGACAGGGUGAAGCAGAUACAUCUUUGUGUGCGGGAAAAAACCAAGAUCCCCAUGGAGGACCAGACACUCUUUAAAGAAGCUAAGAAACUGAAGCCCCAGAGGAGCCUGUCGGCUUACGGCAUCGAGCCCCAGACCACCGUCCACCUGACCCUGAAGGUGGUGAGGCCGAGCCCCGAGCCGGUGGACGUGACCCUGGUGGAUUCCAGACACGAGGGCCAGACCUACCCGCUGCAGGUCAGAAGGACCGACAGCGUGGCCGCCGUCCAGAAGAUGAUCCAGGAGAAGACGGAGGUGCCGCCCCAGUUCCAGGUCGUCAUCUGCAACGGCAAAAGGCUGGAGGCCGGCAAGACCAUGGCGGAGUAUGGUACUCUGCAGAAGGCCGUCUUCUUCAUCACUUCCUUCUGCCAAAGCGGGUGAGGGGCUACCCGGCCUGUGGGGCGGAGGGUGGGCGGGGCUCAGUCAGGCCAUACCCAGCAAGGCCCAACCCCCUUCCCUUCUGCUUUGCAUGCUGAAUGUAAUCAAAGCAACAGGAGAAGGCUGGAGGAUUUGGAGCGCGGGGUAGAAGAAUGGAAUUUAAAGCGAUCAGCCUCAGUAGCAGUCCUUAAGGCUCCACAGCUCCUACUCUAGUGAGUUAGUGCUCUUGCUAUUAGUUCUGCUUAGCACCUCCUAAUCCUCCCCCCGACCCGGGGAUUUGGCUUGAAAUAUGCGUAACGGUGUUGGCUUACUACAGAGGGAGAAUUUCUGAGGAAACGGAUGAAUUAAAUUGGUUUUCCGCA